CCAGAAACUUAGAUUGACCGUUGAUUACUUUUCUUCCAACCUUGAUAAAACAGGAUUCCUACGCAAUGGAGGGGCCCUGCCAUGCCCAUUCCCUGUGUAUUUGACGGUGACGUUCAUGGAGUUUUAAUUAAAUAGAGGUCGACUGGUUCUGGCACUACAGACGUGGGAAGCUAAGCUAAUGGAAGAAGACAAGAGCUUAGCUAAGGCAAAUCUUAUGGCUGGGAAGGAAACGGCCACGGAGAUUUCGAAGCCCAAGAGAAACAAGUUUGUCAUAGCUUGUGCAGUACUCGCCUCCACUAACUCGAUUUUGUUGGGCUAUGAUAUUGGAGUGAUGAGCGGGGCCGUUCUGUUCAUUCGCAAGGAUCUGGGCAUACAUGACCUGGAGGUGGAGAUCCUGAUCGGCUCACUGAAUAUUAUAUGCCUGCUGGGGGCGGCCCUGGCCGGGAAAACGUCAGAUGUGGUGGGGCGAAGAUGGACCAUGGCUCUCGCAGCAGUCAUAUUUUUUGUGGGUGCAGUUGUGAUGUCACUAGCGCCUUCCUUCGCGUGGCUUAUGGUGGGCAGACUGGUGGCCGGCAUGGGGGUUGGCUACGCGCUCGUCAUCGCUCCCGUCUACACGGCUGAGGUGGCUCCUGCCUCCUCCCGUGGAACGCUCACCUGCUUUCCCGAGAUCUUCAUAAACUUGGGAAUUCUGCUGGGCUACGUAGCCAACUACGCAUUCCAGGGCUUGCCGGUGCAUUACAGCUGGCGGGUAAUGCUGGGUAUGGGUGUCAUUCCUCCCUUUUUCAUUGGUGUCUUUGUGCUUUUCAUGCCCGAGUCUCCGCGGUGGCUCAUCAUGAAGAACCGCAACGAGGACGCCAUGAAAGUACUUCUCAGAACCUCCGACAGCGAAGCCGAGGCAGAGGAGAGAUUGGCGCAGAUCAUGGAAGGAAUUCAGUACGCGCAGAAGAAUCUGAAGAAGGGUGGUCAGAGCUCGGAGGUAGAUCCGCUGAAAAGCGAGGGAGAGGGAACGUGGGGUGAGUUGUUAUUCAAGAGCACGCCAACCAUUAGGCGUAUGUUGAUCGUGGGCUUGGGUGUGCAGUUCUUCCAGCAGGCCUCGGGCAUUGACGCCACCGUCUAUUACAGCCCAGUCACUUUCAAGAAGGCAGGAAUUAAGAGCCAAAACGCCAUACUCGGGGCAACAAUGGCCAUAGGAUUUGUCAAGACCGGAUUUAUUGUGGUGGCCGCUUUCUUCAUUGACAAAGUAGGGCGGAGGCCGCUGUUGCUCACCAGCACAGCUGGGACGACUUUGUCCCUUUCGGCUCUGGCGCUGUGUCUCAUCAUUGUGGGAAAAACGUCCGGCUCAACCCACGAAGCCUUUGCGUUUUUAGCUGUUAUUGCAGCGUGUGCUAACGUUGCAUUCUUCUCGAUCGGGCUGGGCCCGGUUAAUUGGGUGAUGGGGGCGGAGAUAUAUCCUCUUCGCCUCCGGGCCAAGGCAGCCGGCCUUGGUGUGGGGGUUAACAGACUUGUGAGCGGAGUGGUUUCCGUCACAUUUCUAAGCUUUUCCAAUGCAAUCAGUGUGCCUGGCGUCUUCUUCUUCUACGCGGGCUUUGCUCUUCUGGCAUUGGGGUUUGUGUAUUUGUUUGUGCCGGAGACUAAAGGCAAAACCUUGGAAGAGAUUGUGGAAUACUUUAACAACGAAUCUUCAAGAAAGACUGCUACUCCUAGCCAAUUGGAGCUUGGGAAUGGUAAAAUCAGUACAGCGCCAACAGAUGGAGCACAAUCUACAGGGCCUACGGUAUCAAAGGAGUAAUAGAUUACUUAGGGUAGAAAGUAGAAGCUGUAUCAUAAAUUGCCUACAAAUUGUUGUGCAGCAAUAAACUGAAUCAAUGAUCCCUAGAAAGAACAGCUAGACAGUUGUAACCUUAGGAUUCCUGCCACCACAAAAAAAAAAUUGUAAAAGAACGUGAGAUGCUGUAAUGAAACCUUCGUUUAUUGCUCUUAUUGAUUUGAAUA